GCAUAAAGGAAUUAAUAGAAGCGCAGUAGGUGGCUUUGGAUCACGUACGAAACCCUGACGAACGAAGUUACAUUCGGCGCCAUCUUUGGUAAACUACAGAAAUCGUCUGCUCGGCUGUUCCGCUGGGACAGAUGUGAAUUGGUUUCUAACCUUGCGCGUGGGUGUCAUCCAGUAUUAUCGGUAGUGUCAUCGUGUUUUUGAACAAUAAUUGGAGCGAACUAAGUGUUGAGGAAAGAUUUUGUUUGGUUCCUCUAAGAACUCUUGAAAAAUGUCGGAACGUAAAGUAUUGAACAAAUAUUAUCCUCCGGAUUUCGACCCGUCGAAAAUUCCGCGUAUGAAAUUGGCCCGCAAUCGCCAAUAUACCGUCAGAUUAAUGGCCCCAUUUAACAUGAGGUGUAAAACUUGUGGAGAAUAUAUUUACAAGGGUAAGAAAUUCAACGCACGAAAGGAGGACGUAGAAGGUGACGAUUACCUAGGUAUAAGGAUCUACAGAUUUUACAUAAAGUGCACUAGAUGUCUUCAAGAAAUAUCUUUCAAGACUGAUCCAAAGAAUACAGAUUAUGAGAUUGAGGCUGGAGCAACUAGGAAUUUUAUGGCAUUGAAGUUGGCGGAAGAACAGGCGCAACGUGAGGAAGAUGAGGAAAAGGAAGAGGAGGCUACAAACCCGAUGAAACUUUUAGAGAAAAGAACGCAACAGUCUAAACAGGAGUUGGAACUAUUAGAAUCCCUUGAGGAAUUGAAGGAUUUGAACAGAAGACAACAAAUUAUUGACUACGAUCAAAUGCUGGAACAGUAUGAUACAGUAUCUGCUCGACAAAGAACGGUGAAAGAACAGGAGGAAAUAGAUGAGGAAUUUGUAAAAUCGAUAUUUAGCAAGAAACAAUCGUCAGGAAAAGUUGUAGAGGAAGAAAUCGUCGAAUUAAAUGAAAACGCUUCCGAGGAACCACCCAAAAAAAUAUCUAGAGUAGAAAUAGUUGAAUCAGACAGUUCAGAUUCUCAUAAUUCUCAGGAAAGGUCUAAAUCACAGAAUACACCUGUUUUGAUACCCUCGUCUUCUACCUCAACGUGGACUCGGAGUGUGGGUAGUAUUUCAAAUAAAUCAAAUAUCACAGGGCUUGUGAAACGUAAAGCUGUGAAUCUGGGCAUUGUACCCCGUUCGAAUACAAAGGACGAUGUUGAAAUAAAUUCAACAAGUACAUCAGACUCCAAGCUGAUACCACCAGCAACACCUUCAGGUGCUGGUUUGUCUUUACUUGGUGCAUAUUCGAGUAGUAGUGGUAAUGAGAGUGAUUAAUUUUCAGUGAUGGAAAAAACAGACUCCUUAGCUUUUUAUGCAUAACUGUUUUGUAUUGUAUAAUCACAAAACAACGUGUUCAUAUAAUAAAUAAAUUCUAAAAAUAUGUAUGUAUAUUUAUAAAAAAAAAAAAACGU